AUGGUCUAUACCGCUUCAUCUCGACAAGCCGUACUCGACGCUCUUUCGGACGUCGUCACUGUCAGCCCCAACCCCGACAACGACGCUCGCUCCAACGCCUUCUCUCGGCACGCUCCGCACGCUUCCUACGACGCAGAAUCGUCCUACUCUGGCCUUCAACCUUUACGCAACUUGGAUCCUCCUACAAUGGUGCCCGCAAAGAGCCCUUUCGAAGACCGCACGCUUCCACCACUGCCGCCGCCGUCCGAGCCCUCCGCUAAACCACCCACUACCAUGGCUAACAAGUUUGCCAACGCCUUCCGCAGGCAGACUGCCGAUGACAAGGCCAAAGCUAAGCGCGCAAAGGAAAAGCGAAUGAACGACGAGAUCAACAAGACUACUGCAAAGGCCAGCCGCAUGGACAUCAUCGACCGUCUCGAUCUCUCUGGCAUCAAUGGCUCAAGCAUGUUCCACCACGACUCGCCCUAUGAUGCAUGCACCCCACACAUGAACAAGGGCAAGCGCGCUCCUGUCGGCGCCUUUGACCCCAAUAUUGAUCCCAUGACCGGCCUCCCUCGCAACGCUUCCGCCGCCAAGAACCAGAACCACGUCGCACCCGAGACCGCUCACGACAAUCCUGAAAACGACAAGCUCCCUCUUCGACCGGGCGCCAACGCUAACGGUGGUCGCAGCCGUAGCGCCACCGCGCCACUUGUCCCUUCUCUCUCCAUGCACGCCCAAGGCUCCGCCACCGAGCUCUCCUUGGACGAAGACGUCGAUGCCGAUCGAGACGCUGAGGCAGAACGCGUCUGGCGAAGUCGACAGGGCUACCAUACUCAACCCUCCAACAUCCCCGACAGCCGCUACGACGUUUCCAACCCCAAUGCAGAUGUCUGGGGUGUCAGCGCAGAGCCCUGGCAGGACUUUGCUCAACCAAAGGCUCCCGUCCGCUCCCACCUCAGCCCUUACUCGAACCAUCACGGCGAACGCAGCGGCUCCACAAGUGCCGCAAGCAGUGUCCUCGACAUGGAAGCUAUCAUGACCGGUCAGAAGAAGCCUUCGCGCGCCAAAGACGAGCUCGCAACAGGCAGUGCCAGUCCCUUCCCCGAGCCCAACUACGACGACCGGCUCUCGGCCUCAACCGCCUCCUCCGAGGCGCCCAAGCGCAACAAGAGCCUCAUCAAGCGCAUUCGCAGCAUGCGCGAGAACCCCAACGUACCUCCUCCUGACAAUGGCGGCGUCGAGUUGGGCACGGUCCGCGACCGUCGACGAAGAGCAGCACAGCACAAAUACUCACCAAGUACGCCCCCCUUGCGAUCCGACUAUGCAGCUGCUGCCGAUGCCGCCGUUGGCGCAUCCGUCAGCAGCGCAAGCUACGGUCGUCGAUCUGGGCGCACCGUCGUCACGCCCAACGAGAGGGAUGUGCUCACUCCACGAGCGAAUCGCGACGACAAUGCAUCCUACUUUGAUCGUUCGCAAGAGUCGCGUCAGGAUCGAGACGCUACCAACGAAGCCGGUUUGACGCGCAACGGUAGUCUUUUCAACAAGCUCAGACGUGGAGGAAAGUCCUCACCCAAGAGUGCCGAGCGCCCCGCCGCCUAUGCUUGA